UUGAUAGCAGGUGUUUCCUUCAAUCACCCUUCACUUUAUAUACUGAGGCAGGAUCUCUUUCCUUAAACUCAGAGCUCACCAGUUUACCAAUUUGGCUACUCUAGUUAACCAACUUGUUCCAGGAAGCUUGGUCUCUUCCCAUGAAACAGUAUGAUGAGUGGGCCACUCUGCUCAUUCAGUGUUUUGGGGGGUUCUGGGGACCUAAAUUCCAGCCUUCAUACUUUCAUAGCAAAUGCUUUGCCCCCAAGCCAUCUCCCAGCCCCUGCUCUGUGUUUAUUACUUGCAGUGCAUUAAGAAUGGAUUGCUAAAUGCUCAUCCUUCUCCACCAAGUUGUUUUAAUUGUCCAUCAGUUCAAGGGAGUGAGAGGAACUCUCUUCUCUACUGUUGGUGUUGCAGGCAGGAACAUGAGCCGACUAGACACAAGUAGCAACUGCUCGUUCGAUGCCGUGGAUAAGCUGAUGAGUACCUUGCAGCUGGCCGUCCACAUCCCAACCUUCCUCCUCGGCCUGGUCCUCAAUCUCUUGGCCAUCAGAGGCUUCAGCACCUUCCUGAAGAAGCGGCAGCUGGAAUACAUGGCCACUUCCAUCUACAUGAUUAACUUGGCUGUCUUCGACCUGCUGCUUGUGCUCUCGCUCCCAUUCAAGAUGGCCCUGCCGCAGGUGGAAUCCCCUUCCUCAGUCCUCUGCACUCUGGUGGAGUGCCUCUACUUCAUCAGCAUGUACGGGAGUGUCUUCACCAUCUGCUUCAUCAGCCUGGACAGGUUCCUAGCCAUCCAGUACCCACUCCUGGUCAGCCACCUCCGGUCCCCCAGGAAAACCUUUGGGAUCUGCUGCAUCCUCUGGGUCCUGGUAUGGAUUGGAAGCAUCCCUAUCUACACUUUCCACAGGGAGGAGAAAUACAAAUGCUUCCACAACAUGUCUGACAGCACCUGGAGUGCCAAGGUCUUCUUCCCCCUGGAGAUCUUUGGCUUCCUCCUUCCCAUGGGCAUCAUGGGCUUUUGUUCCUAUAGGAGCAUUCACAUUCUGCUGGGCCGCUCGGACUACACCCAGAGAGCCUGCAUCUGGACCAUUGCUACCAACCUUGUCAUCUUCGUGGUCUCCUUCCUCCCAGUGCACUUGGGUUUCUUCCUGCAGUACCUGGUGAGGAACGGCUUCAUCUCGGAGUGCAGGGUCAAGCAGAGCAUCAGCCUGUUCCUGCAGCUGUCCCUGUGUUUCUCCAACAUCAACUGCUGCCUUGACGUUUUCUGCUAUUACUUUGUCAUCAAAGAAUUCCGCAUGGGCAUCAAGGCCCACCGGCCCUCCACAGUCCAGCUGGUCCACCAGGACACCACAAGCAGCAGGGGUUAAGGGAAGGGACCCCUCUCAAGGGAAGGAAAUCCCGAUCCCAAAUUCUCAUAAGGAACAUCCAGUGCUUCUUUGACACUCGCUAAGUACCAACUUUGUUCUUUAUACCCCUAAGACCUUUCCACAGCACCUGGACGCCUGACAUAUGUCACGCUUGUUUGGGGUUUGCUAAAGAACCAGGUGACUUCUUCAUUUCUAAGUCCAAAAUGUGUGAAGCAGAAGAAUCGAAAAAGAAAAUGUCACUUUAAAAGUCUGUUUCUCAGCUUUCCCGUCUUUCCGUUCUGUUGGAAGAGUCCAGAAGGGAAGAGAGGGAUGGAGAAAGGAUUAGGGCAGGGAAUCAAGAGCAUUUUGGUGGAGAUACAGGGAUGGAGAAAUAUGCCUUCAAGAUGGAGAGAGCUUACACUUCUUCUCCAGACCCUUCUGAAGCUCUGUUGACAAUGACCUCACAGAAAUCAUGACAAAGAGGGCUUUUAGGGGCUGAGCAAAUUCCCUUCCGGCCCUAGAAAGGCACAAGAGGCCAGCCAAACCUCCUCAUGCCCCUGAGGAGGAUUAGGUGGAGGGAGGGGGCUGUGUGAAGCAGGUCAUGGGGAAUCAGGAGUCACUGUGGGGCCAAUGGGGGCAGAGUGGGAAGGAACUAGAAAAUACCCAGGGAAGGAAAGAGACACAAGGAGCUGGAACUGGACGUCCCCUCUCCUGCUGCUAUCCAGUAGUAGUGCUAUCCCAGGGCUAAGAUAGCCUAGAAAUAAUAGCUGUCUUGAAGGUGACCAGCCUUCUAUCUUGGACAGCCUUGAACUAGUUCAUCAGACCAAUAUGAAGGGGAUGAGAGAGGAUUGGUCUUAACUCGGGUCAGCCAUAGCAGCAUGAAGAAGCUGUCCUUAUUGGGUCCUUGUUGGGCAGCUGGCACUGGUGACACCGUCUAGGACGCUGGCCAGGAACUGGAGGGGAGGAGGGGGCUUUCUUCACUGGGCAGCACAAAGCCUGGAUUGGAGGAGGGUGGUGAUCUCCGGCCGCCCGCCGGUUCCUGGAGGGAAGCUGUAGACAGCUGAAUCAGUGUUGGAGCUUCAGCGGCUCUUCUCACCCUGGGGCGGGAGAUCACAGUGACAGCUGACAGCCUGGCUUGCGAUGACUCAGCUGCUCCAGAGAGUGAAGUGAUAGAAGGAUAAAUUGUGGGGUGUUUUUGCAAGACGGAAGGAGUGGGAUGAGAAGAAACCCAUGAGACUUCACAUGAAUAAGACACAGGUCUUUAGGAAGAGACACGGGCAGCCGCAGCCCUAACUAACAGAUCCCACAGGAUAAGAGGCUGGGCGAGGGGUGGAGACAUGGGGAAGAAUGGGGGAAGACAGAGGUGUGGCUCUAAUCCGGCAUCUACCCACAGAGCAGAAGCUGGAGGUGAGCAAGGAUGUAGGAGGGAGGGAGAGGAGGGAAGGAAAAGGAGGAGAGGAGGAAGGGAGAUGGGCAGGAAGGGCUGAGCCAGGGAGGGAUAGGAAAGGUGAGGAGUGAGGGUAGAGGCCCAGCAGCUUCCACCUGAGAAUCUGUCAUUCCCCUUGGAUUGGAGACCCUGGAAGGGCAGGUACUUCCAGGCCAGGGUGGCUGUGGCAGUGUUUAGGUGGCACUGUGGAGCCACCUGUGGGCCACUGAAGGAAGAGUUAAGGAAGAGAAUUAAGGAGGAGUGAGCUUUCUAGGACCGGAGUCCCACCUCAGGGCUGGGCCUCCGGGAAUGAGGGUCCCAGCCUUGGGUGCUGUUUUCUCACACCAGAGAUACCAUGCAUCACACUGAGACAGCCUGACUGUCACCUACAGCAGAGCAUUUGGGGCCGCUUUGGGUUAGUCCAUGACUGGGUAGGUCUUGGGACCACCUUCUCCAGGUUCUCUCUGUUUACAGAGCUGUUAGCCCACCCACAGUCAAAUAGUGUGCAAGUCUGCCUGCCAGGCAGGCUUCCCCCAGCAAAGGCUUAGCAAGCCUGACUACCCACCAUCCCCAUCGACGACCCAAGCUAAAACCUGGUGUGUGUCUAGCAAGACUCUAUGGUGGGAAGGGCUUCGUGUCCCCAAGAGGACCAUUACCAAAAGGGCAGGGAGUCUAGAGCCAUAAACUGAGCAACGGUAAGGACAAGGUCCCUGGAGGGGUACAGCAGUGUCAGAUUGGUGUGGUGACUCUGGACCUGGAGAUAGGGAAGAACAGGACUUGAGAACGCCCUGAUUCAUUCCAAAAUAGUGAGUGAAGGGAAGGCAAUUCUUGACUUUUCCCUUGGAGACUUACUUGGGUGUGUCCAGACUCAGGUCAUCAGUCCUAUGGGUCCUCAACUGGCAAUUGGCCCAGCAGUACAGGAAAUGGGAGGGCCAGUGUUAGAGUUGGCAUGCAGCAGAUUGCCACCAGUGAGUGAGGGAAAUCUAGGACUUAGUUGUGGAAAAAGCCCAGAUUCCUGUUACUAACUAAUUAGAAGCUAUUGUUUAACCAUGAAUAUGACCUUAUUUGUACCCGGGCUGGAAAACAUUAGCCAAAUGUACAGUUGUGAAAUCUAGCAAAAUUAAUUGGAAAACCAAUUUAACAUGAUUUACCAAAUAAAUAAUUUCAUUCAAUGCAUUAUGACCUUGUCUUGGGCUUCAAUUUCUGGUUCCAGAGAAGAACCGGUUUCUCAUGGCCCCUGCUAAGGGAUUCAACAAUCUUGGUCCCUUUACCAGCCCCUGGGCCCCAAGUAUGAUGUCAUAGAGUACCUAUCUCAGGUGUGCAGCUGGUCCUCCCAAUUCGUUAGGAGCUAGACCCUAGGGGGUCUAGCUGGGGGCGGGGGUGUCUAGUGGCAGUC